UUUAGUCUGCGGCGGCGGCGGCUGCGGGGCUGCUGCUGCUCCUCCCAGCAUCCCUGGCGCGGCCAUUUCAGCCCCAUCUUAGCUGAGGGGAGGGAGCUGCAGCCGCUGCUUCAGCAGUUUGAAUUUCAGUUUUUUCUCCAGGCUUGACGAAGCCGGCCGCGCCGAGGCGAAGCGGAAGACGCCGCCACCGGUCUCCUCCUCCUCCUCACGCCGCCGAGCGCCUCCGCCCGCCCGCCCGCCUGCCCGCCUGCCGUUCCCUCAGUCACCGCCGCCGCCCCUCACACGCCUGAGCCGCGAGGAGGCCGGGCCCCGCCGCCGCGGGUGGCUCCCUGAGGGAGACCAGACUGCCGGUCCUCCCCGCCCCCGAGCGGGCUUCCGCCGCCACCGCCGGCAUGGCCCCCGGGCUGCGCUCUGGCUAGCGCCGGGGACGGAGGGCUGCCCUCCCACCGCGGGACCUCCAGCCCCCGUCGGGAAACGCCGCUCUUGGCCUCGCCGCUCCGCCUUCUUCUUCUUCUUCGUCCGCGUCGCCGCGCGGGAGCAGCCGCGGGCCCCGGCCGGAGGGAGCCCGAGCGGGGCAGAACCGCCCCUCACGCCGCCGCCGCCACCACCACCGCCGCCGCCGCCUCCUGCGCCCUGCGCUCCACCCCCAGCCGGGCCUGCUGACCGCGCCGAGCACCGGGCUGGACUGACCGCGGCGGCUGAGCCUGGCGAGCAGCCGGCCCGCCCCUGAAGCACGCUCGAGCGGUCCCCUGCCGGCUUGAAGCGAGGCGCCGCGGCCGCGGGGAGGUGAGACGGAAGGAGGAGGAUGUGGCGCCGAGAGGCCGGCGCCCAGAGCAGCCCGUGACUUGCGGCGCGGGCCGUAGACCCAGGCGCGAACUCGGACUUUGUCUUUGGGGGCCCCCGUGCUCGGCCCUUCCCGGUUUCCGGUGGGAUCCCAGAGGAGCUUCUGUCCUCCCAGCCUUCUCCACCAUGUCCAAGAUGCCGGCCAAGAAGAAGAGCUGCUUCCAGAUCACCAGUGUCACCACGGCGCAGGUGGCCACCAGCAUCACCGAAGACACCGAGAGCCUGGACGACCCGGACGAGUCGCGCACCGAGGACGUGUCCUCGGAGAUCUUCGACGUCUCUCGGGCCACCGAUUACGGCCCCGAGGAGGUGUGCGAGCGCAGCUCCUCAGAAGAGACGCUCAACAAUGUCGGGGAUACGGAAACUCCCGGGACCGUGUCCCCGAACCUCAUCCUGGAUGGGCAGCUGGCCGCCGCCUCAGCUGCACCCGCCAACGGAGGCGGAGGCGGCGGCGUGUCGGCCCGGAGCGUGGCGGGGGCGCUCGCCCAGACCCUGGCGUCGGCCACCACUCCGGUGUCCGCCCCGGGCCCGGGUAGUGCAACUCCAUCUCAGCCCCCCGCCACUUGUAGUUCCCGUUUCCGCGUGAUCAAGCUGGACCACGGGAGCGGAGAGCCGUACCGGCGCGGCCGAUGGACGUGUAUGGAAUACUACGAGAGGGAUUCGGAUAGUACCCGCUCCGGGGAUUGCAUCCGCCACAGCAAUACUUUGGAGCAGACUGCCGAGCGGGACAGCGGGCUGGGCGCCACCGGAGGGUCGGUGGUGGUGGUGGUGGCCUCCAUGCAGGGGGCGCACGGGCUGGACUCGGGAACUGACAGCUCCUUGACUGCUGUGUCACAGCUACCCCCGUCGGAGAAAAUGAGCCAGCCCACUCUCGCCCAGCCGCAGAGUUUCAGCGCUGGGCAGCCGCAGCCUCCGCCGCCCGUAGGUGGGGCUGUGGCUCCAAGUUCGGCACCGCUGCCGCCGUUCCCGGGAGCGGCGACCGGGCCGCAACCCAUGCCGGCAGGAGCUCUGCCAACCCAGCUCCAGGGAGCCGUGGCCGGCGGCGCCCUCCCGGGGCCUAUUGGCCAGGCUCUGCCACCGACGAAUGUAAACCUGGCGCCGCCAGUGGGCCUGGCCGCCCAGCCGGGCCCGGCGGUGGGCUCCUCGCUGCCGCACCAUCCCCAGCAGUUCGCGUAUCCCCAGCCUCAGCUAGCACCCGGGCAUUUGGUGCCCGUGCAGCCCCCGGGCCAGAGCGAGUACCUGCAGCCGCACGUGGCCCUGCAGCCACCCAGCCCUGCGCAGCCCUUGUCCUCAAGCGCUGGCGCGACCUCGGCUUCGGCGGCCAGCUUUCCUUUGGGCUCUGGCCAGAGCGUCUCCUCCUUGAGUGCGCAGAUGAUGGGCGCCCCUUCCCAGCCCACUGAAGCUCCAGGUCCGGUUCCUGGCGUCCAGGCCGCUCCUUGUCAGCCGGCGGGAGUGGCCUCAGCUGCUAUGGGAGGCGUGGUGCAGCCAGGCUCCGGGCUUCCCGGGGCUGGGCAGCCCCAGUCCGUGCAGCCUCCGCCGCAAAUGGGGGCCAGUGGUCAGCUGUCAGCCGUGCCUGGUGGUCCUCACACCGUGGUGCCCGGAGUUCCAAACGUGCCUGCCGCGGUACCCGCUCCAAGCGUGCCUAGUGUGCCCACCACUUCUGUUACUAUGCCAAAUGUACCCGCGCCUCUGGGCCAGUCUCAGCCGCUGAGCAGCCACACGCCAGUCAGCCGGAGCAGCAGCGUCAUCCAACAAGUUGGGCCGCCCUUAGCGCAAGGCACACACAGUGCACCAACGAGCCUACCACAGUCUGACCUAAGCCAGUUUCAGACUCAGACCCAGCCUUUAGUCGGGCAAGUUGACGAUACUAGAAGAAAAUCAGAACCCCUACCUCAACCACCACUUUCUCUCAUUGCUGAAAAUAAGCCUGUUGUGAAGCCUCCAGUUGCAGAUGCCCUGGCAAACCCCCUUCAGUUAACACCUAUGAACAGUCUGGCCAGCUCUGUGUUCAACAUAGCUAUUCCUGUUGAUGGUGAUGAAGACAGUGCAUCUGGGGGCGGUGUUGUAGCCAUUGACAACAAAAUAGAACAAGCAAUGGAUCUGGUGAAAAGCCAUUUGAUGUAUGCAGUAAGAGAAGAAGUGGAAGUUCUAAAGGAGCAAAUAAAAGAAUUAGUGGAAAGAAACUCUUUACUUGAACGAGAAAAUGCACUGUUAAAAUCUCUUUCAAACAAUGAUCAGUUGUCCCAACUCCCAGCCCAACAGGCCAAUCCUGGUAGCACUUCUCAACAACAAGCAAUGAUAGCACAGCCUCCUCAGCCAACGCCACCUCCACAGCAGCCGAAUGUCUCCUCAGCAUAAAGCUUUCUUAAGCCUCAUUAAGGAAAACCGAAAGCAAUCUUUCCUUGUGUGCCACUGGUGUUCUUUCCACUUCAUAGAAAGCAAGUAGCCAUUGCUUCGGCUGUGUGCUUGGCCUUCUCAGUAUUAGACAAUCGUUCUGCAGGAGCUUUCCCUCUCUAAGAUGUCAUGCAGCACUGUUGAUGUCCACUCUGUGUCAUCAGGACAUGAGGAGAAUAAUAGAUGGGGUUUAUUAAAGCAAGCAGAGUCUGCAUUCUACAUGUGCGCAUGAGUGGGAUCUUUAGAAGUUUCGGUGGCUCUCCCAUGUUCCUUAUCACCCGUGGGUUUACCUUGAGCCUUCCUGUCACAUUAUAAAUAACAGUUCAUCCUAAGAGCCACUUUUCUUUCAAUAUCAGUAACAUUUGCCUACGUAAGUUUUCAUUUAUUUUAUGUUUUAUUUAUUACAGGGCUGCUAUUUUCAUAAUGUACAUGAACAAUGUCACAGAACUUUUUUAAUUUUUUUGGAUAAUUAUAAGUAUCAGUAAAGGAAUUGAAAGACAGGAUUACAUUUAAUAAAAUGUUUAGGCAAUAAUUGAACAAAAGAAUCCUGGCACAUUUCUAACACUAAUGGCAAUUUACCGUUGGUAUUUAUUUUCAAUAGUAAAGAUCCAGCUUGAAUGUAAAUUUUGUAUAGUGUAAGUAUGAAAAACACAGUGCACCUGUACAGGUAGUCACCAGUUAUUGUGAUAUAAUAAAUAAUUGGGCUAUUUUCAUGAAGAAAACUUUGUUCAUUUGUUUCUACUUUCUAAUAGAAAUUGCCAUGAUUCCUCUGCUUUUCAACAUUUCGUAUGACUUUUUUUUUUUUUUUUUUUUUUUUGGGUGGGAAUAAAAAAGCUGUGAAAUUGUUCAACCUACUUUGUAACCAAAGAAGCAAAGCUGUGUAAUGGAGUUUUGUUUUGUUUUAUAAUGCACAUUCUUUAUGUAUUUUUAUUUAGUGUUUUCUUGGUCACAAUUUUCUUUGCUGUCUAGCAUGAUCUGCAUGGCCUGUAAUCUUUGAACCACUUUCGUACCUCAUGUUUUAUCCAGCACUCUUAUUGUACUGUGUACUAGUCUGUGAACAAUGUCAAAUAAAAAGAGCGAACAGGUCGUAUGGUGGAGCUGAGCUAGCGUACAAUGCACCAGUUGUACAAAAACAAAAAUGAAGUGAGCCAUCUUUUGUUCAUUUAAAAUGGUGUUUUGAAUUUCAUAUGCAGAAAACGUUUUGUUACAUUGCAGAUUUUAAUGUAUUUAAUAAAUGCAACAUGCAGAUUAAGUGCAGUGUAUACUGAGUAUUUAAAUUAAAAUGUACAUUUCAUAAAUACAGUUUCAAGAGAAAGCAUCAUUUUGUGUAUACUAACACAUUAAGUGUAUGUCAGAAAUUGAUGUAAAAAUAUAUAUUUUAACACAUUUUCUGAAAUUAAACUGCAGUUUUGUUCAAAUAUUUGGUUCUAUAUGUGUUCAGAAUUUGACUAGAUUUGUAUUUUCACAGGUUAAAAUAAUUCCUUAAAUGAAAACCCAUGAUGUUAUUAAUGACAAUGAUAGUUCUUAAAUUUUCAAAGUAAAAUAAUUUAAAGAACACAAGAAUGGUGAGCAAUAUUUAUACUCAAUAUUCAUAUUAUGUUAACAAUAUAAAUAGGAAAUCCUCGUCUACCAAAACUUUUACUUGAAUUCAGAAAGGUGCCUGUAGAAAUUAACAUGUCCUGUAUGGGUAGCCCACUAAUUCAGCCUUUAUGAGAAACAGUUGUUAGGUCUCCAUGUUAGAAGAGGUUAAAUGUUCUUUAUCUAUUUGAGUCAUUCUAGCCUCAAAUGAAAGUCAUAAAAUCGAAACUCAUGAAAUUACCAAAUAUUUUAUAUUCUAGUGCUAUGGGAAAUAAUGCUCAGUAAGCAAAUUUUUCAUGUUAAUUAGUAACAUUAGAAAUACUUGAGAGAAAGAACUAGAUAAGUAUGUAGACUUGAGUAUGUACUAACUAAGGAUGCAGAGUGAGAUUCUAAUCGAGCCACCAUGGGCACGAUAGGGUGUGAACCUGCUGUUGGAAUGUGAGCCCUAAGAUUACCUUGGUGCCCUUCCAGUGUUAACAGUGAGGUACCUCAUACAAAGAAGAGCUAGAAAAGGUUGCAGGAAGAGACAGAUAAAUGGCAGACUGCUGCCUAAGGAUGCGCAAGAUCUCUUUGAUGCCUAGCACGGAAAAAAGAAGAGAUUUAGUGUGAUUUUUGUGAAGCUAAGAAGUGAGUUUUUAUUCUAGGGAUAGAAAAGCAUUUUAUAAACAAAAUGUGAUAGUAGUCACCAAGGAAAUGAUUAAUAUUUUAUGGUUUAAAGUGGCAACAACAGUUGCCAGUACUCUUAUUCUUUGGGGGCGGGGGGAGGGAGUCUUAGAAAAUAGUUAACAAAAAACAAAUAAAAUUGGUUCCAAAAGGCUUAAUCUCUAGUAAACUAAGAAAUGUAAUCCGUUGUGUCAUCUUUUAAAUAGCAGGAGUUAAUGUAGUUUGUAAUGUGGGCUUUCCUGUGUCCUCCAGGAUGAAAUUUGGCAAUGUCUUUUAAGAGCGUUAAUAUGAAUAAGCUAGCUCAGUGGCAUGAUGCUUAACUCGAGGUGCAGUGUCCAAAAACGCAAGUGUGUGCCUGUCCUGUGUGUUCACUCCUUCCCUUAGAACUCAAAAGUUUUAUUGAUCACCUAAUCUGCCCCCUACUUAAGAUUGUCGGUGAAGUUUACAUCUAAAUCUGUUCCCGUUUCCAUGAGGCACAUUGAACUCCAGAGUCAGGAACAAAAGGUGGGGGGAGGGUAUUGCACUUUUGUUAGGAAAUAAUUGAAUUUGAAUUUCUCCCUAAUUGGUUUGUUUAGGAUCUUCAUUUAGAUCACUUUUGGGGUUAGAGUCUCCAAAUACAUAGAAUAUCAGCUAGUUGAAAUUCCAGUGGAGGGGUAAGUCUUAGAGAAAUAUCAUCCAUCUUUAGCUUUCUCAGUCUCAGCCUACAGAACAGGUGCUACUUCAGAAACUGGAUGUUGGCUUAGUUUUCUGAUACGAUGGUACAUGUACAAUUGGAACCUAACUUUGCACAAAGAAAAUUUAAGUAGUUUUGAUGUAAUCUUAAAAUGCAUCCAACCAAACAAAAAUGUGUGAAGAGUUGGAGAACUAAAGCACUCGGCUUUCUUAACUGUCAGAUGAAGCUGUUUGGCCCUGGUGACAGGUCCUUUAUGAUACUUUUAAAUUCUCUUCAGGGAUUUCUGUUAAUGGGAAAAACCCUGUCCUCAGAAUUCACAACUGAGUCUACACAAACCAACCAAUACAAUGAUUCGAGAAAUACAGUCAAGGAUGGGUUGCUUUGCUCAGGGCUUUCCUGAAAUGUGGCACCUGAGUCUUGAAGGUCCCAAGAGCCAAGAGGAAGAGGGGCAUUCCAAACGCAAGAAAAGUCUGCAGAAAGCUCCGAGAACAUAAACAGGGCUCCUAAAAAGCACAGGAUUUAUGGGAGAGACAAAUAAUUGCCCCGUCGAUGUUGGUAGUUUAAAACUAUUGACAAGAACAACUGCUUGGAUGGUGGCUAGUAGGGUGUGCUCAGUUCAGUCCAGUGGUAGAGUGGCUGAUGGGAACUGGAGACAGAUAAUUGAGAAAUAAUUGAGAAAAAAUAACCCGGAAAAUGAGAGCAUUCCGUGGGCAAAUUAUCCGACGUUUAUUGAAGCUGAAAAUUCCUCUACCCCUUUCCUAUGAAUAUUCCACUCCCGGUAUCGGCACUUUGUUCUCUUUUGUUUCUUUGAGGAAGCAACACCUCAACCAGUACUUGAAAGUUUGUCAGUCUUAUGUCCAGGAGCCAUGCGUCUCUGCAAAACUAACAAUGCCUUUGCUUCCCAUUGAAGGAAUUGCAAGAAUUUGACAGAAAAGUAAGGCAGACAGGAAUUUGGUCACUCUGUGCCUCUGUAAAUUCAGCCCAGUGGUAAACAAUUAAAUACUCUGGUGAGUGGGAUCACCAUAAUUCUACAGCCUCUUGCUCCCUGAAGAGGUAGUAUGAGUUCUGACUCUGGUGCAGGUACAGACAUGUAAGGAUAGGUUUUCCUUAGCUUUGCCUUUCAUGCUCUACAUAGGUCAGACCCACAGCCUUCUCCCCCAUACCCGGUUUUCCCGCCACCUGCUGUAAGUCCCCUAGUAAUUCAUGUUUCUGUUUUCUAAUGCUAAUCACUUCUGGUGUUUACUUGAACCAGUUGGCAAGCUGACAUUCCAAGGAACAUCUCUGUCUCAUAUUCCCAUACCAGGUUACGAACUUCUCCAUCUAAAUCUCUUCCAAUGCACGUCUUCACUGGUUAAGUGAAGGAUGAUACAAGUGUGCCCUCUUUAGUGGGCUAUCAUUGGUCUGCCAUGUUUAAAUGUAGAAAUUGCUUUUUAAAAGUACUAUAGAAAGUAACGUGAAGUUCACAGACCUGUUCUUUUUCUUUCCUCUAUGUUUUAUUGUCAAAAAAAAAAAAAAUACUGGCUGUCUUUUAGAAUUGGUGAUUGGUGAUGGCAAGAUAAGCCGUUAUUUCGCAUUGGCACAGUCCACUUGGACACUGAAUCUGUUCAACAUGAUUGGAUAGUGAGUUAGCGUUAGUUUUCUUGUCAGGGGACCUGAUAAAGUAGGCAGUUUGCGUGCUUUCUGACCACCUAAGUGUCCUGGAUCCAGAGUCCCUGUGUUUACUGACCAGGACCUGCCCACAGAAGCCAUAAUGUUCCUCUGAAAGAAGGAAGGAAAGGAGGUGUACUAACUUUAGAAAAAUGAUUGAAGUUUAAGAUGAGCCAAAUGAUACCCUUCAGCCUCUCCAUAAUGGAAGUUGAGGUCACUUGUAGUUCCGACUGUUUGCAUGCUUUCAUUAUUUCCGUAAAACAACUGCAAAGUGCUCUUGCCCACCGCAAUCCAAAACGUCUUCCAGAUCAGUUUCUACUCUUGUUUCACUAGCAAUCCGUGCUUCUAUAGCUAGAUAAACCUGAAGAAGACAGCAGAUAAGGGAGCAUCUCCCACACAUGGCAUAUAUGAUACUAGGCCAGCGUCUAGUUCUAGCUCACUGAGAAAAUUUGCAAAUCUCUUGAUAAGAUAGUAGUCUUACAUAAACAAAUAUACAUGCCGAAGUUUGGGGAAAUAAUGUGGGCUUUAUUUUUACUUUUAUUUCAUAGAAACGUUGGAAAGCAAUUUGGUUCUAUCUCAACUUAGGUGCUUAACCCUAUACUGAAUGUUGGAGAACAGAAAGCUGUUGAGGAAAUGAUCUGUGCCCCCAAGAACUCAUCAUCCAAUGAGAAAGUAGAAGCUGAGGUACCAUGUUGCUUUUCCUGAAUAAAUACAGUUUAUAGACCUCGUGUCCUUUGUUAGCUGAAAGGCUCUGUAAAUCAGUAAUUUGCUGUGUCGUGUGAAACCCUUUGCCAUUGCCAGGAGAUCCUAAAUCACCAAAAAGCUUUAGCAAAAAAAUAAUCCUGGAAGAGGAGACCAGCAAAAGACUUUCUACACCUAUACUGAGGCUGGGAGUCACCCCUAAAAAGGAACUCAUCUGAGAGACAAGUUUACAUGUUUUCAAUGCUCUCAGUUUGCAGACGAUGGGCCUAAUUUAACUUAAUGGCUAGAAUUUACAAGUCAUGAAUUAUAUUGUCUCUUGUCUCAUAAGUAACAUGCAUUUUUUUGGCUGUUAUAACCAGCUGUCAUUCAAUGAGUGAAGUUAAUAACUCAGGUACCCGAUACCAAAAAUAAAUCUCUAAUAGUACAGAGAAUUCGGAGAUUAAAUACAAGGCUGUCUGUUAGGUAAAUGGUAAGCCUUACAUUUCAGAUCAGGGGGGCAAGGAUGGCUCAGCGGACAGGUAGUAUUGAGACCGUAACCUUUGAGAAAGAAGGCAAGCUCAGCUCUCUCACUCAAAGUAAAAACGCCAGCUACAUCAGAAGUGAGUCUUCUGCUUUGUGAGACUCAAAGCCUUGCUAAUGCAUGAAAGCAAAUAGUUUUACAAGUCAGCCACGAAGAGCUGCUCAGCCUUGGCAAAGCAACGUGCACAUGAAACAUACUAUCUAAGAUCCGUUUGGUGAACAUUAGACACGUAAGGGUUAAGAGCUGACACGUGAGGAAAAAGGGGACUCUGGCAUUAUUCGAGUUUGCACAGCCACUUUGAAAGGCAGGUGGGUAAUUGGAGUUUUAAAUGCCCUGUGACCCAGUGGUUCCAAUCGUUUUAAAUAUCUGCCCUACAAAACACACCUGUGUUCACAAGGCAGCUUGUUAAAGAGUGUACGAUUGGAAAAAUCAAAAUCCGUCAACAUAAUGGAAUAUGCUCGAUGCUCUAAAAUACUAGGUAUCAUGGCAAAGAGUGAAGAAAUAGCAAUGUGUGCCGACAGUAGAUCUCUAAGAUGCAAUGUUAAAUUUGUUAAAAGUUUGGGGGGGGGAUACAUGUAAUACAUGUGAUACUGUUGAUGGUUUUUUUUUUAAAAAAAAAAAAACAUGCCAUACACAAUACUGUAUAGUGUACUUCUGCAAAUACCUUUCUAUGUACAAUAUAAAUAAAGAGAAGGUUUGGAAGGGUACUAACCAAGCUGUUUACAGUAGUUUGGUGGUGUGCGUUAGCUUAAGCUGUAAUAUUUGAUGUUUUCGAAUCUGCAUUCAUGUACUGUUUGUGUAAUGACAA